AUUUGUUUCUCGAGCGUCAACAAACGAGCAACACAGGGUGGCACUGAGUCAAACUGUAUAAAAAUACGACAGUUUGCUAUUAAACACAAAAGCACUGUAAUUUAUCAAAACUGUUAUAACUCUUGUUUGUCAACAAGGAGUUUACAGCCCAAAAUUUUUACCGGUGGGAAAGGUGUGGAGUGAAAAAACGAGUUACGCUGAGUUUCUAUCACCUUCAGUAUGAAACAGCCUUCAGACUGCGACGUGGACCAAACAGUCGAGAAGCUGAAGAGGAAAUACACGGAGAGAAGGAGACAGUUGCCACCCUCAGAGGAAAGUACCUUGGGACCCAACCACACACACAGGGAUGAGCCAGUACAAAGACCCACGCUGACCCCCAGGUCCAAACAGCUGAGCAAAGAAGUGAAAGGCUACAAUCAAGCUUUGCAUGAGCUGUUCAGAGCCAUCACCAACCCCCCUGACAGGUUAGGCAGUGAUUUCAGUCUGCGUGGCAGCAAUGAGGACCUGGUUGGGGCGUGCACAGCCGUUCCCCAUAGUGACUCUCAGGUGCUCUUUACAGAAACAGAUGUGACCCUGCCCUCCUCCCUGGAUGGCACCCUGUGUUCCCAGGACACUGAGGGGGACAGGGAGUUGUGGCGGGUUCGGCAGCUCUCGAGUCCCAGCCCCUCGUCUGCCAGCCACGCCUCUUCAUCCCUGUUGGGAAAAGUUUACCGGGAGAUGAUGACCAUCUACCAACAACUAAAGGCAGAGCGUUCAGGCCAGCAGCAGUGGGAGAAGGAGCUGCAGGAGCGUGAGAGGAGGCUGCAGCAGCAGGAGGAGGCCCUUGGGAGGCUUACUGGCCUUGAGGAGAUGGUGCACACUCGCAUACUGGCUGUAAAGGAGAAACACCAGCAAGAGGUGAGCCAGCUGCAGGAUCUACUGCGAGAGAGGAGCAAAGAGAACAGGAGGCUCAAGUCCAGCUUUGACACAAUCAAGGAGCUGAAUGACAACAUGAAGAAACAGUUGAAUGCGAUCAUUGAGCAAAAUAAGAAGUUGGAGAGUCAGUCUAAGAGGGUGCAAGCUCGACUUGACAACCUCCAGAGGAAAUAUGAGCACAGCACAGCAAUGAGAGGUUGUCAGAAUGUGUGUGUUAAGAGCACGGAGUGUGUCAGACCAUCCAAACAGGAGAAAAGCGCUGCCCCUGGAAAAACCAUCAAGAAGGGCAGUCCUGUCUCCCCAAAGCUCCUGGCCCUGCUGUUGGACUGGAUACUUGAUGGACAGAUGUUCUCAUCAGUAGCAGGAAACAAAGAGAAAGACAUCGGCCAGUGUCUGCCCCCAGACAUCCUGCGAAAUGAGAGAUGCCUCAAGGUAUUGCCAUUAUUGGCAGAUCAGCUCCAUCAGACGUCUUCAUCAGAAUCUGACCUCAUCCUCAACCUCCUUCGCCUCAUCCACUGGGCUUUGAAACAAAUGGACAGCAGCGCACAGCAUGUAGCGCUGUCCUCCACCCUCAGGCGCAUUGGAGAGGAGGUAUCCAAGUUGACGUCCCAGUCAACAGUCUGUGAGUCUGAUGAUCUGGACGUCCUGCCCAAGUCCCGGGGUGGGGGUCGGGUUGAACACCUCAGGAACUGGCCACUUUACCUGAGCCCCUGUCUUCACACACGCAUCCUCGCCAGCCUCAUCAUCCUCCGCACUGUCACGCAAGCUGAUGUGCUGGCCCAGGCGCUCAACAGUCUCCACAGUGAGCUGAUGUGUGAGGAGAGCAGAGGCCUCUUCAUCCACUAUGACGGAGUGUGUGCGCUGCUGUCAAUGCUUCGGGCUGGCCGUGGAGGGCUACACACACCCGUAGACAUUCUAGUGCUGCUCACCGAACAGUCCCGCUUCUUAGCUCCCUUCCUGGAGGCAUGUAGCAGUGAGGAGUUUUUCCACACAGCCUCCCAGCUCCUUAAAAAGCCUCGUCUGGAGCUCCCUUUGCUGGAGAAGUUCUCCAUCCUCCUCCAGAAACUCUCCAGUAUCAGGAAGAACCGUCGUCUGUUUGAACUCUCAUCGCUCCACCUGCAGAUACAGGAGCUUCACCACAAAACCAACCACACAAACACCUUCCUCAGCCUCAACCUCAGAGCAUGGGUGGGUGGAUGAGAGUAAUGGUCUCAGUAUGGGGCGUGCUGGUGGUGCUGCUUGAUGGGGAAGAUUAGGAGGACUGGAAUCGUCAUAGCUGAUUUUGAAUACUUGGACUAAAACCCCUGGGAAGUGCUUGAGCUUGCGAGGGAUGCAUCCGCUUUCUGAGGUUCAUUGAGCAUCUGGAAACCUAAAUCAACUGCAUUUCAAUUAGUUCAUGACGCUGCAUGCCGAUUAGAGCCAAUAGCCAGUGGCCAGUCGUGGCUUUUAUUAAAAAUCGGAUUUAAGCCAGGCAGUUUCAACAUGAUGAAUAUAAUGUUUGAUUACAUAUUUAUAAUAGAAUUGAUAAAUACUACACUGGUUGUCUGUGGGCUCAUAAAGCAAAAUUGAACUUUGGUUUAGUGUUGGGUUUUAUAGUUCCCUGGGUGUGAGAGUCCACAUGGUGGUGAAAUCCCCCCAUUAGCUGCUCUGUGCUCCACUGGGCUGCUAAUCUAAAGAUGAACUUCUUCCAUAGCAAAACAGCUAUCAAAAUAUCAUGUUUAGCACAUAAACAAAUGCAAACACAAUGGAUUACUCCAACAUAAAAACUAACAAGUCAUAAUCAUAAUAAUCAUAAUCUUUGACUUUUAUUUAUUACUCACUUAAAUCCUUGUUGCAUAGUCUUUUAUGGCUAUAUCCAUUUAUUUAGUCUUAUUUAUUAUCACAUGUAUUACUGUUUUUUACCUUAAUUACUGUUUUACUUUUACAUUUUUACAUUUUACAUUUAUCUGUGUUUAAUAUUUGUUUUAUUGAUCUCUUUUGACUUUUAGUGCUCUUGAUUGUGAAACACUGUCUAACUCUGUUUUGAGAAGUGCUGGAUAA